AGAAAAUUCUAAGCAACAGCCAGCAAAAUAUAUUUUACUUUAAAGAAAAUUUUUAAGUGAGGUGGCUGUUCUUUUGGCAGUCGUUCAAAAAACAGCAGUUCUAUAAGUAUAUUCGAUGAAAGGUCGACGCUGGGCACUUUUCGUGUGCGACGUGGACAGGGAUUGGGAUUUAUAAGUUUUAAGACCGCCAUAAAUGGUUGAUGGAUUUAUUUCGAAGCUUUUUUGAAGUAUGCUGACAGGCUGCUUAUUGUCAAAACCUUGUUGCCGUUGGUCAAAAAGUGGGUUCCAAUACACGCUUAGAAAAAGGUAUUUUUUUAUAAGUCAAAUAUGUUUACGUGAAUUUUAAAUGAAAAGUUCAUAGAGACAUUGCUUGGAUAUAUCUUUCAGUUUUGAUUUAUAUCUUUGCCUGUGAAUUAAAUAAAAAUUGUUGUUAUAAAUUUUGUAAUUGAAAAUUUUAUGAAUUGUUUUUUACUAUCUUGACUAAGCAUUUUAAGAAAGGCAGAAUAAGAAAAACUCGGAAAAUAUAUAAUUUGCAAGGAGGCGUCAAAGAUCAACCAUUCACACAAAAUUCAAAAAACAGAAAAAAAGCACAGCUGAGAGCAACUAACUGUGGAGCGCUUGUGAAGGAAUUGAGAAAACAUAAAAUCUCUAGUUCCACAACACAAUACAAGUUUAUAACGCACUUGCAAUACUCAAACGAGGCGCAACGAUGUCCAACGGCGCUUUGCCAAAGAUCAAGACAUCCAAAUCAUCGCUGAAAACCAGCGAAUGUCGCGAAGAGGCGAAAGUACAAAACUCCAAUAGCGAAUUCUCAUUUGAGCUAAAACCGAAACCGAAAUUGACUUGCAUACCGGAAAAUUGUAGUAAAUUCUUUAGCGAUUUGCGUGAACCAUUUUGCAGAAAAACACAAUCGCUGAAUGUGUCCAAGAAGACGGAGGUGCCGGAGAAAUCGUGGUCCGUUUUGUUUAUCGGCUCGAAGAGUAAUCUGCACGCCAAAAAUCUUAUUAUGUAAAUGAAGCGCAUGGGCAUGGAAACGUCACACAUGUAUAGCCAAAUUUUGACUAACAUACUUGUUGCGGAAGAGCUCUCUGAGUGAACUCUGGAAGCCAAGGAAAAUAUUUUUCAUUCAAAAAUUACCGCUUGUGAUAUGAUGCGAAAUUAAUAAAACAGAAUUUAGCAGAUUUGAGACAAA